UACUACUCACACUACUCAUGCAUUUACUUCUUACCUCCUCUAUAUAUUAAGCCAAAUCGUAGCACCAUGAGUACGACGUCCAUCUUAAUCUAAACCUAGAAGCACAAACAAAGAGAAAAAGGAACAAAAGAGGCAGAAGAAUGGCUAUAUUUUCCAGAAAUAGCCUCACUCGAAGCACUACUGCUACAUUGCUCUUCCUCAUCUCCUUCCUUACAUUAAGCCAAUCACAAUUAACUCCGCCUAGUCCUUCAACCCCCACCAUGGCAGAAUGUGGACCACGCCUUCUUGUACUGGCUCCGUGUGCCCCAUUUGUGCAGGGGCAGUCUCCAGGGCCAAGUGUUCAGUGCUGUAAUAACCUCCUGCAAGUGUACAACCUGGAGCGAGGUUGCCUCUGCCUCUUUCUCAAUGGCACUGCCUUGGCCUCUCUCCCUAUCAACAACACCCUUGCUCUUCAGUUGCCUGGCCUCUGCAAUCCACAGAUUGACCCUUCCACUUGCUCAGCUUCAGGAGGAUCUCCAUCUCCUGCAAUAUCAGCAGCUCCAACAUCACCAAAUUCUCCAGCUACACUCACAAGGAAUCCAACUGCUGAUGCCGCAGGAGCUCCAACCAUUACUAUUGCACCAAGGCCAAGCACUGUCAGAUUUGGGUUGAAGAGUAGCUCAGCUUACAAGUUGGCCAGCUGUCAAUGGGGAAUUGCAGUAGCAGUGAUCUUUCUAUCGUUAGAAAAGUUACUCUGAUGAGAUUAGUCACAGAAGAAUUGUAGGUUUAUUUUAAUUACGACUGCAGGUCAAUGAAGUAACCGAUGAUAUACUGACUAGUAGUUUAUUUACAGCUAGGGAUAUUUUAGCAAGACAGUAUUUCUUUGUCCGUUGUAUGGUUUUAUCCUAUUUCAGUAAUCCUUUAUUUACAUUACAGGGAUUUACCUUUUCAAAGUAGUUUAGAUGUUACAAAUGGAAAAUAAAAUUAUACCAGAAGAAUAGAAACUAAAAUCUAAAUACUGAUUUAAUGCCACUAAGAGCUAAAAUGAAGAUUACUGAGUAAUAAAAAGUACUUCGUAAAAAACUUCAAAAGAGUUUCCGAUUAAUAAUUUACCAAACCGCAGUGACUUGCAGCAGCAAGCACAGCCACUGUCAAAGAAAAUUCAAAAGCAAUUGUGCUUGCAGGAUAACCAUCCCUUUUUUUUUUUUUUUUUUUUUUUUUUUAAUUAGCAAUCCCUUCUAUUUCAUCUAGUCUGAAAGCAGAUAUCUUCAAUAAAUCUGAGACAAAAUAUAGCAGAAAAACAGGAAUUUACCUUUUAGUUUCAAUAAUACAUAAUUAUCUCAUGAUAUAAUAGAAAAAACAACAAAUAAACCCUAUAAAAGGUCCAAACGAAAUAGAGAAAUCAGUAAUUAAGUCCAACCCGAAAAACAGCAAAGGGAAGAUAAAUUAGAGCCUGAUUAGUGACACUUAACUAUUAUAAUCAGCAGUGAUGGAGUUGGUGCUUGUAUGGUCACAAUCUCUUGUACAUUGUAUGCACUUGCUUGAGCCAUAAAGCAAUCAAGAGCUGCAGCAUAAAAAAUUAUGUGCAGCUGCAGUGCUGCACAGGCACAUAAUACUAGAUAUUUUAUGUUCUUUAAUUCCAGUACAUCUUUCUCAAACAUUAUAUAUACCGGUAAAAUAGGGAGAUAAUUUACUCUGAAACCCUAUGUUGCAAUUUG